GGCGGCGAGUGGGCGUGCGCGCCCGCGCGUGUGUAGGCAGCCUGUAGGCGCCCGCCAACCUCCGCGCGAACACGCUGUGCAGACGGCCACACUCCGCCAGUGUAGAGUAGUCAAAACAACGACACCACCCACUACCUCCGUCUCUUUCCUGGGAAUGACGGGGCGUGGGUCCUGCCCCCGCCAGUCCUUCUUCUUCCUACCCUUCACCUUGCUCUUCCUCCUUCUUCUCGCCCCUUUGUUACUUUCAUCGACAGAGGGCAAGCUAAGGGCGACAUGACGGAGCAGAGGAGGUCGUGCACCUUUUGCCGCCAGCGUAAAAUGCGCUGCUCGGGGACGGUGCCGUGGUGUCAAGCAUGUAGCGAGAGGGGCAUGCCAUGCGUCUACGAAACCGUCAAGGUCCGGACAUGUCGACCAUCCGUCAAUGACACGUCCUGCUCAGAGCCAGUGGACCCCAACAUCCUACUGUCGCAGUCGAGCGCCUGCUUCGUGCCGCAGAGCAAAGGGCAGCAGCAGGAGACGCUCGGUGACGUGCUCGCCAAGAGCUUUGUCGACUUUUGGGAGGGACGAGGACGUGGAAAGCUGGCCGCCUCGAACAUCUACGGAAGCCGUCAAGAGAAGAAAGAAAUGAAGAAGAGGCAGAGACCAUUCAAGGGUUGUCUCCUCGAUGUCAUCGAAGACCACGUCAGGCUUACGGCCAGGUCCAUCUCCCAGCUCGAUGAUGGAGGAGGCGAGGCGCCAGCAUUUUCAGUCAUCUGCGCCCUCGAUGUCGGCAAACACGAUUUCCACACAUUGCCCAAGAUGCGUGCAUCGACUGCUUCCUCGAACAUGGGGGCAAAGGCGCUCCGGCAGAUCCACCUUCAGCUCGUUGAGCUGGCUUUUGCGGAGCAUCCUAUUCUGCCCCUCGUCGUGUCCAAAACCUCCUUUAUGCAACAACACCGGCAGGAAUCCCUUGAGCCGUGGAUCUUCGACCUUGUCCUGACAGAGGGCCUAGCUCGACUGAGUCGGUCUCAGCGUUGAUCAGACGUAUAUGACAGCCUUCCUUCGAGCGAGGAGAUCCUCCAUCAAGCGGCUAGUGCCAUGCUUAGUGUUUCAGCCACCCAGCCCUCGUUGUCUAUCGCACAGGGACUCCUCCUGACAGCUUGGCGUCUCUUGCUCAAUGGUCGCGCUAGAAGAGCCUCGAUUAUGCUAGGACAGUGCUGCGCCGUCGUCAAUGCACUCCUCGACCUCUCUUCCCAGAACUCCGACGGAUCGAUCGCUUUGACAGCAGCGACGGGAGCGGCAGCGGCGACAGCGAUGGUGACGGUGACAGAAGUGCGCAUCAACGGCAUCGACGUUGCACAACUUGAGCUCGAGCUUCUUGGCAACAUCUACUGGAUCGAGCAGAGCCUGCUUUUGUGGAUGUCACAAUCUCUUAACGUCGGC